UUCAAAUUAUCGGGAUGCACAUUUCGCAUGUCUCUGAUAUAGUUUUAUAUUUACAUAUCCUCCGGAUGUCGUGAAGUUUCAUGUCUUUGUCAUAUUGAUCCUAGUAGAUAGAUGAUUUACUCUGCCCCCUUUUCUUUGCGAUUGUUUAAAGCGCUGUUUAUUCAACCAACCGUUAGUUGAGCGCCACAAUGGACCAACUUUCUUCGCUUCUGCCACAGCAUCAGGGUUACCUCCCAUACUUCUUGAUCGCUAAUGGAUUAUCCGCUGCGAUUCAUAGCGUCGUGUGUUACAGGGGCAAUCCUACGGCAUCCCUGAAAGCGUUCAGCGGCCCGGCGGCUCCACCUCCGCACCCGUUGCUAGCCCGUACUUACGGCCUGAAGAACUUUUACACCAGUUUCAUCAGAUUCUACGCCGCAUAUCACAUCACGAAUCCUCAGUUAUAUGACCUUGCCAUCUUGACUUUUGUCGGUGUGCUUUUCUUAUACAUUACCGAGGUCUUCGUUUAUAAGACUUCCAACUUGCGCGAGGCGUCUUUGCCCUACGUGAUCGCGGGGUCUAGUCUCAUGUGGAUGGUGUCGCAGCGUGAUUGGUACCUGUCGUAGUGAUGGGGACCUGGGAAAUUACCAGGUUCACGGGGGCGCAAAUGUCGGUGCGCAACGAUGGAAGAGCGGUGUUGGCGGGCUCGGGCAGCGUUUUUUUAAGAACGGAGAUAUCGGACAUGACAUUGUUGGAAAGCAAAAUUCAGCGAAAAUUCAGC